GUUGCCCGCCUUCCGCCAGGCCCAGCCCGGCCGCGAGCUGCUCGAGGAGUUCCAGCGCCGAGAGCCCUACAAGUACCUGCAGUUCGCCUACUUCAAGGUGAGGCCCGGCCCUGUCCCUCCACAGCCUCCUCUCCACCUUCACACCUGCCUCGUGUCACCGCUGUCACACACGCCUGCUUGCCCACGUAGUGCUGCCCAGCUCCUUCCUCAAAACUCAUCCAGCGCAGCCCUGCAUUAGCCUCCGGUUGUCCUGGACAGCCGCUGGACUCUGCCUCCUUAUCCCGAUGCCAUGCAGUUCCUACCCCCAGCCAUCCCACUUUCCCACCUGCAUUACUUUCUUCUUAGUUUAAAACCUACCUCAGAGCCUUUCAGUCUUCACUGUGCUAUUGAAAGCACUCAUCUCUGCUUCCUCUCCGCCAGCAUGUCCAGCUUGCUCACUCACUCCCUGCUGGUCCCAUUCUUUCAGGCACAGCAGCCCCCUGCAUGCAGCUUGCAUGGUGCCUAUGCUACUUUGGCAUUGUUAUAUCCACAGGAAGGCAUAAAGCAAAACUGUUGAAGGGUCGGGAGCACAAGUCUUACAGGUUGCAGCUGAGGGAACUGGAAUUGUUCAGUCUGGAGAUGAGGAGGCUCAGGGGAGACCUUACUGGUCUCUACAACCACCUGAAAGGAGGUUAUAGAGAGUUGGGGGUUGUCCUCUUGUCCCAGGCUAAUAACCUUCCAAAAGCUAUUGCAGCAGCUCACACAUUUCUUCUGAAACAUCCAGAUGAUGAAAUGAUGCAAAGAAAUAUGGCCUACUAUAAGAGCAUACCUGAUGCUGAGGAGCACAUUAAAGACUUGGAGACAAAGCCUUACGAGAAUCUCUUUGUCAGGGCUGUGAGAGCAUACAAUGGUGACAACUGGAGAACAUCCAUCUCAGAUAUGGAACUGGCUCUUCCUGAUUUCUUCAAAACCUACGAUGACUGUAUAGCAGCCUGUGAAGGCUCCCGAGAGAUUAAAGAUUUUAAAGACUUCUAUCUCUCUAUUGCAGAUCAUUAUAUUGAAGUCCUUGCAUGCAAAGUGCAGUGUGAAAGUAAUCUGACACCCAUCAUAGGAGGCUUUGUUGUUGAGAAAUUUGUGGCCACCAUGUACCAUUACUUACAGUUCGCAUAUUAUAAAUUGAAUGACAUGAAGAAUGCAGCCUCUUGUGCUGCUAGUUACCUUCUAUUUGACCAGAAAGAUGAAGUAAUGAAACAGAACAUGGUCUAUUACCAGUACCACAAAGACAAAUGGGGACUUCAAGAAGAGGAUUUUCAGCCCAGAUCGGAUGCAGUUCGAUAUCACAACAUAACCACACUCCAGUUGGAAAUGUAUGAGUUCGCAAAGGAACAUCUAAUGGAUGAUGAUGAGGGUGAAGUUGUGGAAUUCCUUGAUGAGUUGUUAGAAAUGGAGGAAAAGAAUGAAUCCUGAUGAGUGAGAUCACCAUGAAGUAUUCUACAAAAGUGAACACUCACCAUUGUGCCUUAUUAUUAUUUUUGGUCACUAGUAGUUCCAGAUAGAUAUACCUCAAAACUGUUCCUUUAAGCUCCAAAACACAUCACAAGAUCCACCCCUCAAAGAUCACCUCCGUGCCGCACUGACUCUUUCAUGAGCAAGGGUUUUCACUGUGCCUUUACAGAAUUGGUGCUUAUGGGUUUUCCUCCUGAGCUUUAUUUCUUUACACAAACACGACAAAACUGACAAUUCUUAUUUUCUGGAUUGACACUAAGAUUUCUUGUUUCAGUGCUGUGCCAUAUGUUUUAACAGUACAGAUAAAUUUGGAAGAACUUCUGUCAUAUCGUGAACCAGGGAUGAUGUAACAGUUCUUCUACACUUUCUAAGCUAUGUAAUAGUAUUAUUUAUAUAUGACUGUGAUGAUUAAUAAAGUGAUACUGAAUCCCAGUGCAUCUGAAAGGUGUUAAGGUAACAAAACAAGGACUUUAAAUAGCUUGAAAGGAUUAAUGAAGCACAACUGGUGAGCUUCUAAAAAUUGCUUUAAGAAUUCUAUAAACAUUUUUGAUCUUUCUUAAAACUGAAUGAAAUUCUGUGUGAAAGUAAGGUCACUUAGAAUUGAGUAAUAAAUAAUUCCUACUUCCUACCAA